AUGACCGGCCGUGGAGGUGGAGGUGGUCGCAAGACUCUGCUUGCGCCCAUUCAUUUCAUUUUCAGUCUACUGCAGAAGCGCUCAACAGUCUCAAUAUGGCUCUACGAGAACUUGCUCACGCGCAUCGAAGGAAAGAUCAGGGGUUUCGACGAAUUCAUGAACCUGGUGAUUGACGACGCGGUCGAGGUGCAAUUAGCCACAAAAGAUGCUCCACAAAAGAGAAGGCAGCUUGGCCAGAUUUUACUCAAGGGUGAUAAUGUUUCGUUGAUCCAGUCUCUUGAUUAG